CAAGGACACGUGAACAGUUAGAAUUCAAGGCGAAAAUGUUUUUAUUGCUAAUGUCCCUUCACCUUACUAUAGCUUCUAUGACUGAGUUGACAACAAGCAAAAAUUUCACCGGUUUGGAGGAGCGUAUGUCUAAACUAGAAGGUCGCUUGAACGUUACAGAGCGCGCUUUGGGUCGGCUGCUGACUGGGAGAGAGAAUACUAAUAUGUCGUUCCUGGAUGUUCUCACUCUUAGAUCUGGUAUUCUGGAUGAUCAAUCAACACCAAUCCUUUUUUCUGCUUAUAAGUCCUUUAGUGAGAGUGAUAUAAGCAACAAAGUGACCAUAAGAUUUGAUAAGAUCUACAUUAACAGCGGAGAUCAUUAUCACACAGAAGAUGGUAUCUUUAUUGCUCCACUCACAGGCAUCUAUCUAUUUCAUUGGACAAUAGCCACUGGAGGUAGUUACUUUGCAACCCAACUGAUGGUAGGUGGAAAACCCCGUGCUUCAAAUCUUGUACCUCACGCAGGUUCGGGAGGUUCUAGUUCAGCAAUGGUGAUGAUAAACGUGAACAGAGCGGUGCACGUCUGGAUUCAGAUUUAUGGCGAUAAUGAACAUGUCUUCGGAGGUAGUAUUGGUGUUGGAAAUAACCACCAGUCGACGUUUUCCGGAAUCCUCCUGAGGAAGACUUAGACAAUUGUAAAAGAUAAUUGUUGUUUAAAUGCAUCUGAAUCAUUGCAUGUAAAAUGCAUUUUUAGUGUAAAGGAAAUGAAGCAAAUUAUGU